AUGUCCGAUCGAAGAUUUGGGGAUGAGAUGGGUGAAGUGAGACAACGAGUGCCGCCUGUUGUCCCCCCGAAACCACCAAUUGACACUGUUCGAUAUUCGAUGAACAAUCUCAAAGAAUCAUCAGAUAUGGAGCUGAAUGCUUUAUUGGAAGAGCUGAUGGCACUCGAGACACAACUGAACGGUGAUGGAGAUCAGCUUCUUCUCGGCAUCCCGACUAUACCGCAAAGUCACUCUAGCGAACGAAUAAAGCCUAAAGGAUCUGGCCCAGUGAAGCCGCCAAGUGUCCCCGUGGAACCGGUACGCGUCGAGGUGAUCGAGCAACCACGCCAAGUGGUUCCACCCCCAUGCGCAUCUUCGUGCAGUUCUCCUGAUGGCGAUUCUGCGUUUGGAGAUGCUUCUUCAACAGAAAGUCAUCGCUUCCAUGGCUCGCAUGUUUCUUCAGCGGAUAGUUGUCGAGAUUCACUCAACACACCGUCUCCCACACAGGUCUCACCACAGCAAAACCUUUCCGUUGAGGAGCUUAAAGCGCAGAAAAUUCGAGAAGCUUUAGAAAAAAUGAAGGAAGCAAAAAUAACUCGAAUCUUUGUGAAAUUUUUUGUUGAAGAUGGAGCCCCAUUGCAGAUGUUGAUUGAUGAGCGGUGGAGUGUCUCGGAGACGAUGCGUCAACUCGCAGAGAAGCACAACAUGACAUUGCAUGAAGAUCACUGCAUUGUUGAAGAGUUUCCGGAUCUAUUGAUCAGAAGAAUCUAUGAAGAUCAUGAGAAUUUGGUGGAGAAUAUUCAAAUGUGGAUGCACGAGUCGCCGAAUAAAUUAUGGUUUAUGAGACGCAGUGAUAAAUAUCCAUUUGUUGAUAAACCGGAGAACUAUUUGGUAACCGAGCGUACAAAGGAUAUUAUGGAUGUGCCAAAUGGAGAGAAUUGGCCAAGAGAUGUUAAACAACAAUUUGUUCGGGAUUACUUUGCUCGAGAUCCAGUGGUUCCUCCAGAAUUAGAAGGAUGGCUUCUACUAAAAGCUGAUGGAAGAAAGAGUUGGAAGAAACAAUUCUUCACACUCAGACCUAGUGGACUUUAUAACUCACCAAAGGGAAAGAAAACAUCAAAGGAUUUACAAUGUUUAAUGAAUCUUCAUUCGUAUCAAGUAUACUCUGGAUUUGAAUGGAAAAAGAAAUACAAAGCUCCUACUGAAUGGUGCAUUUGUAUAAAGUUAACAGCUCUACAAAUCAAACGAUCUUCUUACAUCAAAUAUAUUUGCUGCGAAGAUGAAGCGACUUUCCGUCGCUGGAUUGCGGCUUUAAGAAUUGCUAAGAACGGAGCCGAUCUCUACUCGAAUUGGUUAUCAGCUGUCGCUCGUCGUCGAGAAGUCCUUGAUGCAAUGGCUGGUGGAGCGCUCUCUAGAGCUGAAAGCACCAUCAGCACUCAAGCUAUCGGUCUUUCAGCUCGUGCCGGUCAUGGAUCAAAUGUUGAACUGCGUUACCCAAGCAACAAGAUCAUCAAUCACACAACGACUUCCCCGUCAACUUCAUCCAUGCAAUCACAACCAUCUACAUCUUUUUCCUCUACAACUCCCUCAUCAUCAACUUCUGCUACAACCACUCCCACUCCUGAACAUCGAUCCCAUUCUCGAACACUUUUUGAAAGCGAUGAAAUGACUGGAACGAUUAAACGAGCUCCAGAACAUUUGCUGAGAAGAGCCACUUCACAUUCUUCAGGAGGCGCUCCUUCAAUGGGAACACCGGAAGAUGAGGCGGACAGCGAUGAAGAGUCUUUCCCUGCCCCACCUCCCGCCAUAUCAGCCACCUAUACACCUAUGCCAUCUAUCAGUGUGCAAAAGCGAGCCUCGAAUGGAGGACAAGUGGAAGCAAGACCGACAUCAGCUCCACGUGCAGUUGUUUCCCCUGUUCCUCCACCGAAACCUCUUUUCCCACCCCCGUUAGCCAUGGAAACCAAGCCAAGUCCACCAGUUCGUCAAACUCCAGCUCUCAAUUUGACUCCACUGGCUAAAAAGGCACCACCACCUCCACCAAAGAGAUCUGAUGCGACUCGCGUUCAAACAGUCGCCGGUCAAGUUCAACAACCACAACCCACUCCACACAUGAACGAACUCGAGGCGGCUUUAGGGAGAAGACGAGAAAGAAUUGAAGGAUUG